CCCAAACGCCAGCGCUGCGUUUUACGGGGCACUGCGACCGGCGUGGCAGAACCGUAUCUGCACAUGCGUCGAAAUUUUGCAAGCGUCCAGAGAGCACCCCAGCCACUAACUGAUCUAACAUGGCCAACAAAGGACCUUCAUAUGGACUUAGCAGGGAAGUCCAGAUGAAGAUAGACCAGAAAUAUGACCCAGAGCUGGAGAACAUCCUGGUACAGUGGAUAGUUGCUCAGUGUCCUCAGAGCUGCGGGGAGCCUAAGGAAUCUGGGAAAGUUGGGUUCCAAACUUGGCUGAAGGAUGGCACUGUACUUUGUCAUCUGAUCAACUCCCUCGCCCCCAACUCCGUGGCCAAAAUCCAGUCAUCAACAAUGGCCUUCAAACAGAUGGAGCAAGUGUCUCAGUUCCUGAAGGCCUGUGAGAAGUACGGAAUUGCGGCUGCUGACUUGUUCCAGACCGUGGACUUGUGGGAAGGAAAGGACCUGGCCAGCGUGCAGCGGACUCUGAUGAACUUGGGCGGUCUGGCGGUUACGAAGGAUGAUGGACAUUUCUGUGGAGAUCCCAACUGGUUCCCUAAGAAAUCUCUGGAAAACAGGCGGGAAUUCUCCAAGGACAAAUUAAAAGAAGGCCAGAGUGUGAUCGGCCUGCAAAUGGGCACCAACAAAGGGGCGUCCCAGUCUGGAAUGACCGGCUACGGCAUGCCCAGACAAAUCCUCUGACCGACCAAAUGAACCGGAGCACCUGGCCAAAUCCCAGACAGAUCAUCCACUCAUCUCCUAGUCGUUUCCCUUUCUCUCCUCUCCCAUCAGAACAUUGCCCUCCCUAGUCCUGAGCGUAGACCAAUCGCAGCCUCCAGACCUCCCGAAUAGGGUCGAAGGUCAAGGCCACGUAAUCCGUAGAAACGGAAUUUGUCAUUUCUCUGUAACCCCAUUCCAUGUUGUCCUGCCUAGACAGGGAGACCAGGUUAAAAAAUAAGCCAUUCCUUCCUUCCUUCUUUUUUUUUUUUUUUGCACUUAUUUUAGUGAAAUAUGUGGAGUAUUUAAUUUUAAAGAUUUUCUUGUCGUCUAGAGAGGGCGGCGUUUAAGAAUGAUGUUUUUUUAAAUCUUUUUAUGACUUUUUCAUUUGGUGCCCUGCGAUGCCUUAACAUCCCAUGUGCCUGCUGUGUGUUUGUACGUUCGUGACCAAAUUGAGCGUACCUUUCUGCCAAACUACAGUGACAUUUUUUUUUAUUUGUAUAAUUUGGUUCUCUUAACCCUGUGGCCGGUGAGAUCUCCCAUGAUGCAUUUCCAGCUCCUUCCGAGCUCAACAGGGAUCAAACCGAUAGUGCAAAAGGGAACACAACUUAUAGUAAAUCACUAUAGUACAUUCCUAGUGACUGGGGUGGGACCUGUUCAUCCAAUAACUGCUGUCUGCUCUCCAGAUCCGAUGCUGAUAAAUAUAUUUCUGAUCCAAAUAAAGACCAAUCUAUGUUUAUAAA